GAUCCCAAGACAAGAUUCCAGUCAGCAGUGGCCAGCACCUCCAUGCAGAACGUGGUGACAACCACCAUGAAACAUUGCUCACUGGACAAACAGCUGUCUGUAGCAUCGUCUUCAUGUCUGUCCCCACCUGUAUAUUUGGGCGGUGCUUCAUCAAGUGUUUCAUUCAGCAAACAUUCUCUGCUUCUCUUCCACAGAGGUGACAGAUUGUCAAAAGACGAAGAAGCUUUCAGAAAAGGUUUUGAGGAGGGUCUAAAGACCAAGUUGUCCCAUGAGCUCAGUGAUCUCCGAGAUCAACAGAACUCCAUCAGCCACAGCCUGGACCACAUGAUGGACAGGGUGGAGCAGUCGCAGCUGGAGGAGGAGGAACCAUCUCGAUUGGAAUCAACGCUAUCAGUAGUAUCCAAGUUUGGAGGUUACAUGUUGCGGUACGACUGGAGGUCGAGCAAGAACAUUGUUCGCAAUCUGGCAGGAGUUUUGUUUGUCUUCCUGGCAUGUCUUAUUGUGUUCCUGUCUCCUCCUCUUUCCACAAUUGAUGUGAAACAUUUCACUAAACCACCUCAGUGA